AUGUCCCACCUUGAUCCGCAUUCCUCGUCUCUUCUCUGCGAUGCUCAACUUGUCUCAACUUGUCUCGCCUUGACUCAACCUGCCCUCAUCCGCUUUCCUCGCCGUUACCAAAUUCGACUUGACAAAUCAUGUCUCGCCUUGAUCCGCAUUCCUCAUCAAAAUGCUGUGUUUUUGGGCCAAACGAGACCUCAACUGACCCGUUGUCCUGCCCUCUCUGCCGAUCCUACUGCGACACAUUUAUUUCUCUUACUCGCUUACAAUCAGCGCACACUGUCAAUCUAUCUUUUGUCACUGCGCCGCGCUCUCUCUCUCUCUCUCUCUCUCUCUGCAUGUGUAAAUGCAGUGUGUUGUCUUGUCAGACAGGUUCAACGAGUUCACCUACAGGCUGGACUAGACGACAACCAGUCCCUCUCGACACUGUCCAUCCGCGAGUCGACGUCGGCCGUCCUCGACUCUUCAAUCCGGCAAGAUGAUCUCGCGUCUGCCAGUCCCCCGAGCACGGCCUCCGCUUUGAUGCCUCGCCGCAGCACUUGA